ACACACACAUAUCCGUACAUAAUUUUUAUACGCAUACAUACAUACGUAUAUUGUGUAUGUGUAAAGUUAAAUUUUUUUUUUUAAACACGCAAAUCAAUCGAUAGAAAAACGCUCGUUUCGACUUCGGUUUUCAAUCAACUUCAACGUACACACGAUAAGAACACUGUUCUCGUCCUGCAAACAAAUUUUACCUACUCUUUACACAGCCGUCACAACACACACAUAUUUAUAUACAAAACCGUGAUAAUCGUGUCUCUCCGGUCACAGCGAAUAGAUUUAUAAAUUUACAACUUACUCGAUUGAUUAGUGUCACCCGUCGAAAUAUAAGUAAAAUAAAUACCGCGUGAACGAAGCAGAUAUAUCCGGUACGAUAGAGACGUCUGAACUCAGUUUGUGUUACGACACCGUACAGUCCACACAAAUAUUCGUACUGUGAUCCGCUUUUAUCUGCUCUCGAUAGCAAGUCAUAGUGCUCGUCGCGGUGCCUUGCACACAUCGCGUAACUUCUGUAAUCGCCGAUUGCGUUUGCCGUCCGAGUGGUGUGAACAGCAUUCAAAAUUAACCGUUCACGAGAAAGGGGUAUGGGCAAAGGAGAUAAAAAGCCUACGUCCCAGAAUAGCGCCGGUUCGAACAUUGUGGGCAAAUUUACUCAAAGUGUCAGGCGAAUAGUGCAAGAUGUCAAGGACGAAGGAACAGCCAGUGGCCAGACAAAGGAAGAAGUCAUAGAGACGAAUGAAAGAUUGAGAGCAGUGAGAAUUCGAUUGGAAGAGUCCUAUGAUACAGCUAAAAAGUCGCUAAUUACGCUAAUGACUAAGUACACGGAGAGUAAGUCUACGCGAAAUGUCUUCCAAAGGUACAACCUCCUGAAGGCCAUGAUUAAGGAAGUCAUCCGAUUGGAAACUCAAUACUGGACGCUGGUCGAGAUACCCAAACAGGAGAAACAGGAGACGGUACCGUCAUUUGUACUAAGGGCGUGUGGCAUUGUGGAAAAAUCUCAAAAGUCUGGCGAGGGAGUCAAGUCGGCGGCAAAACUAGCUGAAGAGGAUGAAAAGAAACGAGAACGUAUCGACAGACUUUGCGACAUGACAACGGCUCAAAUUGAAGCCGAAAACACUCAAAUGACAAAUGAUCUUUACCGACUUUUAAAGAAAUAUACUGGAUUAAGAAAUCUAAUAAGAGAACUCAAGGUAGAAUAUGUCAACUCAAAAGUAUACCCGAUAUUUCCACGUUACAACAUACUGAAAGACUUAAUAAAGGACAUCAUGCAUCAUCAGGAAUACAUGGAAGUUUGCCAUGAAGUCGAUGCCGUAUAAUGUAGAACCCCAAAGGGUUGACACAAGCUUUUAUACGUACGCGUAUAAAUUAAGUAAAAAAAAAAAAAACAAA